CUCUGACUUCAAAUUCGAAGUUCAAAGUGUCAAAUGUCUAAUCAAAUAUUUCUAUUCUAGCGACAUAAUCAACAUUGAAUUUGAUUUAUUUUUCCGAUUUCCAUUGCCAAAUCGUAACAAGGCCCAUGGAAACUUAAAUUUUUAAAUUUGAAUAUGAAAGUUAUCUAUUAUUUCAAUGUUUAGUAGUAAAGUGCAACUUCAAAAACGAACUCCCGUUAAUGGAACUGACCGCGAAAGCUAUUUAACAUUGUUAGUGGAUGAGUACAUCAAUACGGAUUCUUUCGAGUCCAAAUGCCAAGUGCUAGCAAAUCUAGCUAAUUUUGCAUAUGACCCUAUCAACUAUGGCUUUAUGAGAGAAGUUGGAGUAUUAGACAUCUUCAUAUAUGUGUUGAAGAAUGAAACAAGUGUAAAACUAUUACAUUUUGCAGCUGCUGGCAUCUCUAACUUAUGUAUAGAUCCUGACAAUGUUGAAUAUGUUUUAAUGCAUGCAGAACUAAAGAGCAUCAGCAUAUUACUGAAGUCAAGUCAAAGUGACACAGUAGCUGAAGCAAUUACAAUAUUUAUUUACUUGUAUCAUAGUCAUGCAAAAUCUGCAGUAGAGAGUUUAAACAUUAUCCAAGAUAUACAGAGUUUAAAGAGCUCUGAGAACAAAGUAGUUUCAAAUCUUGCUAAUAUUUUCAUGAAUGAUGUAAGCAAGACAGAAAGUGCUAAUAAUUAAUCAGUUUGUACAAAGGAAUUUGGGGAGUAGAAACAUGCAUAAAAUGCUAUCAAACCGAUUUCCUUAUAUAGCUGUUACCAACAACAACUAUCAAAAGAUAUGUAAGAUACAUACAUCUUCAUUUAGUCGUGCGUCGUUUAAAGCUGG